ACCGAGUUUGAUGUGCAUCGAGCAGCAUUAUAAUCAUAAAGAACGAGUUAAAUUCGAAAACGGAUUUUCGAGUGUGAUAAAAAAAACGAAAACCCUGGAGAAAAAAUAGGAAGCUGGUUACAGUUCUUUACGUAAUAAGUGUUCAACCGCGAAAAUUGAGUGCUUCGUUCGCAAAGAUACAUUAUGAAUCUCAUAACCACCGCCACGCUGGUGGUGUUGUUGGCCGUAACGGCCAUCAACGCCGACGAAUGGAACUGGCUGAACAAUGGAGAGUCCUUCAUGGAAGAAUUGAUCCGCGAAAAACGACAGGACGGCGGUCAAAAUGUUACAGAAGUUGCCGAUGACGACAUCAUCAACUACAUACUCGACAGCGGUCGCCAGGGUCGCAGUUUGGAAGGCUUCGACGAAAUCUAUACCGAUCCAUCAGUAAUGCAAGCCAUCCAGAACUCCGACGAUGCUGAAGCACGAAACAUCAUCAAAGAAAAACUCUGCGCACUCGGACUGAUGCAGUGCGAUGGAGAACUUGUCGAUGGUAGACGCCCCUACCUCAAUCCACAGAAUCUGAUCUACGCUCAACCCGUGGCGCUGAAACCUGUUGGUCGACCAAUCGCUACCAUUCCUAUCCGUGGCCCACCUGGUCCUCCUCCUCAAGGUCCUCAGUACGCCUCGAAACCACCAUCCCAAAAACCACACCAGGGUCCUUAUGGACCACCCCAACCUAUGCCCAUUCUUCCUAAUCGCCCCCAACAGAAAGUAGGAUUUGCAUCCCAACAGCCACCCUACGGUGGUCCGAAUUCCUUCAACGGUGGUUCCUCAUUCAGUGGAUCCUACUCCAGCCAGUCCGGAUCCUAUCCUCCCUAUCCCCCGAAACCUCUAGGCCCAAUCUACGAAGGAAGCGAUAUCCCAUACGAAUUCGAAACCCCCAACAAACCACCAGGCGUAAUCAUCGGCGAUGGUCCAACCGUCUUGAAAACUCCACCAGUUGAACAACACAUCCAUCAUCACUACCAUCAUAUCGAGGGAGGAAAAGAUGAAAAAACUGUCGUCGUUAACAAUCCCAUCCCAUUAUCUUCAGCAGUGAUCACUGGUUCGGCUGUUGGUGGUAGCUCAUCCUCCAGCAAUAGCCUGUACUCAUCCGGUGUGUAUGGAAACUCCGGAAGUUCCCUAUCUGGUUUUAGCCCUGUUGGUGGUAAGGACUUUGAUUAUCAGGACCUGAAAGGAUCCAUCAGCAACAAUAACUAUGGACAGUACGAGAACUAUGCUUCGCAAUCCAAGCCCGUUAGUGGAUCCAACAACUACUACAACCAAGGACCUGCUACAUUUGGCAGCUCUAGCAAUACUGUCUAUGGAUCGUACGCGGUAGAUAAUGCAGGAAGCGGAUCCAGUAACAAUAACUACAACGGAUUGAGCACCAGUAACUAUCAAUCAAACCAAGGAGGAUUCCACUCAUCCAAUCCGAACCUGUACAAAAAAGAACUCAAUGUCAAAGGACCUGCCAACGGUUUGAACAGCUACAGCAGUGACUACAGCAAGUACAGCCAGCAAUACAACGGACAGUACAGCAACACCAACGGCCAGUUCAACCAAAACCAGUACUCAAUCAACAACGGACAAUAUAACGGCAACAAUGCUCAAUACAGUGGAAACAACGGCCUCAGCAAUCGUAACGAAGAUUGCGUUUGCGUUCCGUACGAUCAGUGCCCAGCCCAAGAUGUCGUUGGUCGCCGGGAUGAUCUGAUUCUUCCUCUGGAUCCACGCAACCUCAAGACCGACAUCCAAGCCGAUACAGAGCAAGUUGUUAUCACCGAUGGAAAAGGAGUCAUGACCAUUGUUCAAGCGCCAAAGAAUUUCACUGCCGAGGCUCGUUCGGCCAAUGUUACGGAACCAGUUAAGAAGAUUACUAAGCGGGAAGCUACCGCCUCUGCAAAGACGGACAAGAGUGAUGACAAAGCAAACAUCGAACCGCGUUUGUUGGGAGGUGGCCACGGUGGUGAUGGAGGAGGUGGAAAGAAAGUUGUUCCUACCUUUGGGGUGUCCUUUGGUCUACCGUAUCCCUCAUACCCGUUGAAUCCUUAUGGACCCAAUCCCGCCGGGAAUCCCUAUUUUGGAUCCAUUGGUGCCAACGGUCUCAAUCUGGGUUUGGUCAACGUGAAUCCUCUGUUUUCCCUUCAAGUCACGAAGGAUGAAUACGGCGACAAGGUCGUGAAGCCACUUGUCAACCUUCACGUGACUCCUACUGAACACAUAGUUCACAAAGUGGGACACUUGUUGUCAGCUAAAAAGCAAAACAUCCUGCACGUUUUUAAUCAGCACGAUCACAUUCACAACCACUAUGGUUAUCCUCCACCACCUCCAAUCUAUCGUCCUCCACAUGGACCACCCUUUGUCCACGGGCCACCACCUUCUUUCGGUCCCGCUGGUCCAGAGCUUAUCUUCACUAAACCUCCGGGACCUGUCUUUAACGGUCCUGGACCAUUAUAUCCUCAUCCUCCCGGCCCUAUAAUUAGCCGACCACCAGUUCCCCCCUUUAUUCCAAGUGGUCCACCACAACCUCCGUUCUACGGCCCCAGACCUCCUUUCUACCGUGAUGCAGCUUCUUCCUCUGAUGUAGAACUAGACUACAAUCCUAGCGAUAUCGGAAGAGCUUCAAAUGUUUCUUUCCCUCAGCAACAACAACCAAUCGGUAACUUCCACUACCAGUCGGUGUAUCCCCAGAACCAACCAGACUCCCUAAAUCAGAAUAGAGUACACUACGGUAGACAGUAUCAAAACUAUCAAGAUAGUAACGAAAGACUUCCACCUACCCAGAACAUUCCAACACCAGCUCCGGGACACUCCGAAGGUAGUAACACCGUUAGCUUUCCACGUAGUCGGCGAUCCACCGACGUUCCGGCUCCGGAUCAACUGGAACCAUCGGAAUCGGUCAGAGAAAUUGACUCACAGGCGGUACCAAGUGAACAGAUAGAGGUACAGGAAAAGUCUAUUUCAGCAGAGAAGCGUCAGGCAUACUACGGAGCUCGCCCACAGCCACAGCAAUGCCCGGCUCGCAGCGUUUGCUGUCGCCGCCCAGCUUACCGUCCCCCACAACCUCCGACUCACGCCAAUCUGGGUAAAUGUGGCGUUCGCAACGCUCAGGGCAUCAACGGUCGCAUCAAGAAUCCAGUCUACGUCGAUGGGGACAGUGAGUUCGGCGAGUACCCAUGGCAGGUCGCCAUCCUGAAGAAGGACCCCAAGGAAUCGGUUUACGUUUGCGGAGGAACUUUAAUUGAUAACCAGUACAUCAUCACCGCUGCCCAUUGUGUCAAAACCUACAACGGCUUCGAUCUCCGUGCGCGACUUGGUGAAUGGGACGUUAACCAUGACGUUGAAUUCUAUCCGUACAUCGAACGCGAUGUGAUCUCUGUGCAGGUCCACCCCGAGUACUACGCGGGUACGCUUGACAACGAUUUGGCCAUUCUGAAGAUGGAUCGUCCUGUGGACUUCACUGGAACUCCGCACAUUUCUCCUGCUUGUCUACCCGACAAAUUCACCGAUUUCUCCGGACAGCGCUGCUGGACAACCGGUUGGGGUAAGGACGCCUUCGGUGAUUACGGCAAGUACCAGAACAUCCUCAAGGAAGUCGACGUUCCAAUCGUGAACCACCACCAGUGUCAGAACCAACUCCGCCAGACGCGUCUCGGAUAUAGCUACAAUUUGAACCCUGGAUUCAUCUGUGCCGGUGGUGAGGAAGGCAAGGAUGCCUGCAAGGGUGACGGAGGUGGCCCAUUGGUUUGCGAUCGCAACGGAAGCUGGCAAGUUGUGGGCAUCGUGUCCUGGGGUAUCGGUUGCGGAAAGGCUAACGUCCCCGGGGUCUACGUGAAGGUUGCGCAUUACCUGGACUGGAUCAACCAGGUUCGCGGACGGUUCUAAGCCAGACUGUUUGUGAAUCGUGUUAGGGGAUGUAGUAUUUAUUGAUGACUAAUAUUUAUUGCGUAAGCCGAAAGCAAGCGAGAACUUAACCAGUGAUACUCGAAAAAGAUUAGAAUGACGAUUCUUCUUAUGUAGAUAGAAAUUUAUAAACGAUAAUAACCUUCAGCAACGGUAGUGACGAAAGUCACGACUCUAAAAACGAUUGCUGGAGUUAAAGUGUACGAUGCUAUGUGAAAGCAUUUUCUCCUUAGAUGACUCUUUUUGUAUGUAGUUUCUGUAGAUUUGUAAAACUAGGAAUCUAAGAGACGAAUAAAUUAUUCUAUUUAUUCUGGUAAUCAAGAAA